AUGCCUGAGGUGUCUCCGGCUGGGGCAUGGCAGUGUUUGUCCCCGAGCCAGGAUGGCAGCUCCACAGCAGGUCAGCAUGACUUUGUUCGACGAGAUCGACCACUGCGUGUCCUGAUUGACCUUAUACAGAGGACAAAAGAUGCUGUUCGUGAGCUAGAUAACCUGCAGUACCGAAAAAUGAAAAAAAUUCUUUUCCAAGAGACAAGAAAUGGACCCUUGAAUGAAUCACAAGAAGAUAAAGAAAACAGCGAACAUGGAACCAGCUUGAGCAGGGAAAUGGACAGCCUGGGUAGCAACCAUUCCAUCCCAAGCAUGUCUGUGAGCACAAGUAGCCAGAGCAGCAGUGUGAACAGCAUGCAGGAGGUCAUGGAUGAGAGCAGCUCUGAGCUUGUCAUGAUGCAGGAGGAUGAAAGCACAAUAAAUUCCAGUUCCUCCACUGUGCACAGGAAGGAUCAUGUAUUCAUAAGGGAUGAGGCGGGCCACGGUGAUCCCAGGUUUGAGCCGCUGCCUACCCUGUCAAUUCAGAGCUGGGCCCUCCACUACCGGAACAGAGAGCGCUUUGCCACAAUCAAAUCAGCAUCUUUGGUUACACGGCAGAUCCAUUAGCAUGAGCAGGAGAACGAGUUGCGGGAACAGCUGUCAGGUUAUAAGCGGAUGCGGCACCAGCACCAGAAGCAGCUGAUCGCCCUGGAGAACAAGCUGAAGGCUGAGACGGACGAGCACCGCCUCAAGCUACAGAAGGAGGUGGAGACGCAUGCCAACAACUCAUCCAUCGAGCUGGAGAAGCUGGCCAAGAAGCAAGUGGCUAUCGUAGAAAAAGAGGCAAAGGUAGCUGCAGCAGAUGAGAAGUUCCAGCAACAGAUCUUGGCCCAGCAGAAGAAAGACUUGACAACUUUCUUAGAAAGUCAGAAGAAGCAGUAAAAAAUUUGUAAGGAAAAAAUAAAAGAGGAAAUGAAUGAGGACCAUAGCACACCCAAGAAAGAAAAGCAAGAGAGGAUAUCCAAGCAUAAAGAGAACUUGCAGCACACACAGGCUGAAGAGGAAGCCCACCUUCUCAGUCAACAGAGACUGUACUGUGACAAAAACUGUCAUUUCUUCAAGCGGAAAAUAAUGAUCAAGCGGCACGAGGUGGAGCAGCAGAACAUUCGGGAAGAACUAAAUAAAAAGAGGACCCAGAAGGAGAUGGAGCAUGCCAUGCUAAUCCGGCACGACAAGUCCACCCGAGAGCUAGAGUACAGGCAGCUGCACACGUUACAGAAGCUUCGCAUGGACCUGAUCCAUCUACAGCACCAGACCGAACUGGAAAACCAGUUGGAUGAGUACAACAAGAAGCGAGAAAGGGAACUGCACAGGAAGCAUGUCAUGGAACUCCGGCAACAGCCAAAAAACUUAAAGGUCAUGGAAAUGCAAAUUAAAAAACAGUUUCAAGACACUCGCAAAGUACAGACCAAACAGUAUAAAGCACUCAAGAAUCAACAGUUGAAAGUUACUCCAAAGAAUGAGCACAAAACAAUCUUAAAGACACUGAAAGAUGAGCAGACAAGAAAACUUGCCAUUUUGGCAGAGCAGUAUGAACAGAGUAUAAAUGAAAUGAUGGCCUCUCAAGCGUUACGGCUAGAUGAGGCUCAAGAAGCAGAAUGCCAGACCUUGAGGCUACAGCUCCAGCAGGAAAUGGAGCUACUCAACGCCUACCAGAGCAAAAUCAAGAUGCAAACAGAGGCACAGCAUGAACGCGAGCUCCAGAAGGUAGAGCAGAGGGUGUCUCUGCACAGAGCACAUCUUGUGCAGAAGAUUGAAGAGCUGGCUGCCCUUCAGAAGGAACGCAGCGAGAGAAUAAAGUACCUACUGGAAAGGCAAGAGCGAGAGAUUGAAACUUUUGAUGUGCAGAGCCUCAGAAUGGGAUUUGGGAAUUUGGUUACAUUAGAUUUUCCUAAGGAGGACUAUAGAUGAGAUUAAAUUUUUUGCCAUUUACAAAAAAAAGAAAAACAAAAGAAAUUCAGACCCUGCAAAACCACAUUCCCCAUUUUAACAGGCGUUGCUCUCACGCUCUCUCUCUCUCACUCUUACUGACAUCGUGUCCGACUAGUGCCUGUUUACUCUUACUCCAUCAGGGGCCCCCUUCCUCCCCCCGUGUCAACUUUCAGUGCUGGCCAGAACCUGGCCAUCUCUUCUACUCACUCAUAGUACACGUCACAGUAUUGAUGUGAUUCAAAAUGUUUCAGUGAAAGCUUUUGGAGACAAUUUUAACAAAACCAAUAAACCAACAACAACAACAAAAGUGGAUGUAUAUUGCUUUAAGCAAUCACUCAUUACCACCAAUCUGUGAAAGUAAAGCAAAAAAAUAAAUAAGUAAAUAAAUAAUAAAUGCCAAGGGGGAGAGAGACACAAUAUCCGCAGCCUUACACCUUAACUAGCUGCUGCAUUAUUUUAUUUUAUUUUAUUUUUUUGGUAUUUAUUCAUCAGGAAUAAAAAAAAUAAAAAAAAACAAAGUUU